AUGGGGAAGCUACCAGCCCAACCUGAACCUGCAAUCCAGCAUUUCAGUCAUCCACAUCCAUUACAGCUCUCCAAUUACCAACCCCAACAGACCCUUUGCCCAGCUUCAUGUUCAGGUUGCAAGCUCAAAGUAUCUGGAUGGAUUUACACUUGCACACAAUGCAACUACUUUCUCCAUGUCUCUUGUUCUCAAAUGCCUCAACAGAUCACUCAUCCAUUUCAUCAAUACCAUGUUCUUUCUCUCCUAUCAACCCCAAUAUACCCUGGAGGCUUAUUCAACUGUUAUGCAUGUGGAAAGCAAGGCAACGGCUUCUCUUACCAUUGUGGAAAUUGCAACAUUGAUAUCCACACCACAUGUGCAACAAUGCCCUUGCUGUUCACCCACCAAUCUCAUCAUCAUCAGCUGAAUCUUACAUUUUCUGUUCCUUAUCCGAACCAAAGCUUUUCUUGUGACGUGUGCCAUAACUUUGGUUGCAAGCAAUGGCUCUAUAGGUGCAACCUCUGUGGAUUUGAUGCUCAUUUGGAUUGUGCUACAGCACAGCCAACUCCAGCUCAAGUUCAAACGCAGUACUACCAAGCAGCAUCACCAGCAUCGGGUAUUCCUCAGUCUCAGGUUGUUGGAACUCCAUUAGGAACAGGUCCAGUUAUGCAAAACUAUGUACCAAACAAUUAUGGGACAAGUCCUGCUCCCUCAAAUGUUUUUGGAUCAAGUAUGAGAUCGAGUGUACAGAGGAAUUCUUCAUUCAAACAGAUAGGCUCUCUGUUGUUGCCAGCAUUACUAGGUUUUGGCAUUAACGGUCUUGGUGGUGGCACAAAUGGCGGUGGUGCUGGUAAUUAA